GAAUCUCCCGCGCUCGCCCCCUCUUAUCCCCGUCUCCUCCGAUCCCGACCCCGACCCCGCCAGACGCCACCACCCGCCGCCGCCGCCGCCAGAAGAGAUCCGUCCAUCCGGCCAAGCCGAGAGCAGAGCAUAGCAGGGGAAGGAGACGGGAGAGAGGACCCGCAGCCAUGAUGUUCUCCAGCCAGGUCGACGCCUUCUCGCCGUCGCAGUUCACCCCGUCGCAGAACGCCGCCGCCGACUCCACCCCCAACAAGUUCCGGGGCGCGUCGGGUACGAUGCCGCUGACGGUGAAGCAGAUCGCGGACGCGCAGCUGGCCGGCACCGGCGAGAAGGGCGCGCCCUUCGUCGUCGACGGCGUCGAGACGGCCAACGUCAGGCUCGUGGGGAUGGUGAGCGGCAAGGCGGAGCGGAACACGGACGUCUCCUUCACGCUCGACGACGGCACCGGCCGCAUCGACUUCAUCAGAUGGGUGAAUGAUGCUGCAGAUUCUGCUGAAACUGCUGCCAUUCAGAAUGGUAUGUACGUCGCUGUCAUCGGUAGCCUCAAGGGAGUUCAGGACAAGAAGCGUGCUACUGCUUUUGCAGUCAGACCUAUAACUGAUUACAACGAGGUCACGCUGCAUUUCAUUCAGUGUGUACGGAUGCAUAUAGAGAACACAAAAUCAAAGGUUGGCAGUCCUGCACACACCAAUUCUUCUGUGGGAACCCCAUUCUCCAACAGAUUGAGCGAAGCAGCCACUCCACCCUCUGUGAAGUCCAACCCGGCACCAGUGACCAGCGGAACAAAUGGAUCCGAGACUGAUUUUUACACGCAGGUGCUGAAUGUCUUCCGCGAACCAGCAAACAUUGAGAGUGACCAUGGUGUGCAUGUGGAUGACAUUGCCAAGCGGUUCAGACUACCAGCACUCAAGAUCAAGGAGGCUAUCGACUACCACGUUGACGUCGGGCACAUCUACUCGACCAUUGAUGAUUUCCACUACAAGUCAGCGUUCGUCGACUGAGUCUGUAACCGAGUGCCGUCGUCACUCGCUAGCAUCUGUCCUUAGAUGUGCUGUUUAGGUAGCCUCCCAAAGGAAGCAUCUUCUCGCUGGAGUUUGAGAGACAUGACUCACUGUUGGCCUGAGAGGAUGCUCCAGGGGCAUGUAUUACUUUAAAUUCCUGUUGAUCAGAGGCGUAUGAGCCUUGAUGCGAUGAGAGUCUCGUCUUGUGAAAUUAUGGUUAGCGUCUCUCAUGUUCUGCUCUGAGUGUGAUAUGGUGGGAUGGAUUUACAUUUUA